CGUUGCGUUUUACGCGCGCUGAAUUUGGCUGCACCGCCCUGCCUCGCCCUUGGAUGCGGAUCUGCCUUGGCCAUCCCGUCACAACUGGCAAGAGGGCGGCUGCUGUCCGAGCCUCCAUCCGUCCGCAGACCACACAUGGAUCAGCCCGCUCCAAAGACGAAGCAGCCGGGCUCUGAGGCGUAAGUCGAUCGUCAGCCCGAUCCAAGAGCCAAAGUCCUCGGCCAGACUCGGCCCAACAGACAUGGCGGCUGUUGACCCAAGGCUGCUCGCUGCGACGUGAGGCUCAAUGCCAGCGAUAUCCCUCAUCUGUGCCUACAGCUUCUUGAGAGAGCAACAAGAAAAGGUCAAUAAGGAGGCCCGUGUUCUGAAGCAGAGGGUUGAGAUUCUGGAAAAGGAAAAUGCAGCCUUGAAAAAAUCGCUCUACGACCUCUCUGCAAAAUACAAUCUGUAUGCACUCAAGGCCCAGCCGUUUACCCUCGACUUUUUGGUGGCCGAGACCGGCAUCGGCGACUUGUUCGAAUCAACGACCGCGGCGGCGAGCGGUGCAGACGAGGUUUAUGCCCCGACAACGAUCCGCGAUGUGUCCAAGGACAGUCGGCAGUUUAUGCUGAAGUAUGAGCUCAAGGGCCACAGCGGGGCCGUCUAUGCUGUGCAGUUUUCUCCCUGUGGAAAGUUUCUCGCCUCGGGCUCCUUUGACAAAACUGUUCGAGUAUGGGACGCAAUGGCCACACAGAAAGAGAUGCACUGCUUCAAGAAGCACACCCUCAACAUCUCGGACCUUUGCUGGUCAACCGAUUCGACGGAGCUCCUGUCGGGGGGCUACGACCAAACGUGCAAUAUCUGGGAUCUCGAGAAUGGCAAGCUGGCAGACUCUUUCGAGACCGACGGCUUUGUUCAAUGCGUCAUGUUCAACCCACAAGACCAAAACAUAUUCUUCAAUGGAACAAGUCGGAAUAUCCUGGGCAUGGUGGAUCGCCGCAAACCAGGCGAAGCGCUCAGCAUCAAAAACUCGGCCAUGAUCAACUCAAUAUAUGUGUAUCGAGAUGGCUCGUACGUCAUGGCGGCGGAUCAUGCUGGGGCCAUAAAGACCUGGGAUUAUCGAAUGGGCAAGUCGGUUCUGUCGAUCGACAAUCCAGGCAACAAGAAACCGAUAUCGCACAUCACAGUUUGCCAACAACAAGGAUCGGACGAUGAGCCUCGAUACAUGGCCGUCAAUAGCUACGACAACGUCAUUCGUGUUUACGACCGGGGAUUCACGCCCCCCACGAGUGCCCAGCGCUUGAUCCACUCACUCAAGGGUCACAAGAACAAGAACUGGCCUAUCAAGAGCUCGUUCUUUCACUAUCGGGACGGCCAAGGCCUUGGAUCCGCCAAGCGAGCGAACUCGCACUCCGAUCUGCUCUAUCUCAAAGACUCGGAAACAGAAUCGAGCGAUGGAAAUAGAACGAACAAGGACAAGUCGGCAGAGCCCAAUAUUCUUUUGGCAACCGGAAGCUCCGAUCCAUCUGUGUAUAUAUACAGUGUUGGCGGCGCCGAGGGAACGAGCGAGCUGGUUCAAAAGCUCGAGGGACACACCGACCGGGUAUAUGCGGUCAACUUCCACCCGACAGAGGCUCUGCUAGCAUCGUGCUCGGCAGAUUCCACGAUCAAGAUGUGGUACUCGAGCCGGAAGAAGAACUGACCCAACAGGAAUGACAAGACAGCAACUCGCACGAGCAGCACCCAGCUCGCAUUUGACAGUGGCCGUGAUGAGAUGUAGAGAUAUUUGCUGCGCCAAUAUAGGCUGCUCGCUGCCCUUUCUGGUCCAAAUGCUUUGGCA